UUAUCGAAGAUCUUCGUCCGGUUAUAGGAUUUAUUACUGUAAUUGUUUGCACAGAAAUCCUGUGUGUGUGGAUGGGUGUGGCUCUGGAUUCGGUUUUUUCCUUCUGGGUCGCUCCGUUUGCUUUCCUAGAUAGAGUACAAUGCGUUGUAUUAGUUUCUCCGCGAUUUUUUUUUUGGGUUUAAUUAGGAAACCUCAUGAAAGAGAAAUCCAUUGAACCUGGACGGAGUUUUGAUUUUCUCCCCAUUAACCUCUUUUAUGAGGGUUCAUCCAUUUGGUCGAUUCCAAAUUGCCAAUGAAAGGUAAUUAUAUAAUUGGAGAGUUGAGAACCAUCAAGUUUGGCGGAAAGUAUUGUGCGGGUGAUUACUGAUUUUGGGGAGUGAGUGGAAUUUUGAGGGGUAAUCUAGCUUUCCACUAUCAACGGUUCAAGAAGGUGAUUAAACCAUGGCAGCAGUAGGUCAUUCAGCUGAUGAGGAGUCUGAGAAGAAUGAGAUGGAAAUGGACAUCAAGAGCUUUUCAUCCUCGGGUCGCCAGACCCAGAAUGCACCUUACAUUCACAAGGUGGGAGUCCCCCCCAAGAAAAAUCUCUUAAAGGAAUUGACAACUACUCUGAAGGAAACCUUCUUUUCAGAUGACCCUCUACGCCAUUUCAAGGACCAGCCUAAGUCUCAAAAAUUCAUCCUAGGCAUCCAAGCUGUUUUCCCUAUCUUUGAAUGGGGAAGAAAGUACAAUCUCACCAAACUUAGGGGUGAUAUUAUAGCGGGACUCACCAUUGCAAGUCUCUGUAUUCCUCAGGACAUUGGAUACGCUAAGCUUGCAAAUUUAGAAGGCCAGUAUGGACUGUAUUCCAGCUUUGUUCCACCAUUGAUUUAUGCGUUCAUGGGUAGUUCAAGAGAUAUAGCAAUAGGACCAGUGGCUGUUGUGUCCCUUCUACUGGGAACUCUGCUUCAGAGUGAGAUCGAUCCCAUUAAGAAUGCAACAGAGUACCGGAGGUUAGCGUUCACAGCUACAUUUUUUGCAGGAAUUACUCAAGCAACCCUUGGGGUUUUCAGGUUGGGUUUCUUGAUUGACUUCCUAUCUCAUGCGGCCAUCGUUGGCUUUAUGGGUGGUGCUGCUAUUACUAUUGCCCUCCAACAGCUCAAAGGUUUUCUAGGCAUCAAGAAAUUUACUAAGAAAACUGAUCUCAUUUCUGUAAUGCAUUCAGUAUUUAGCACAGCCCAUCAUGGAUGGAACUGGCAAACAAUAAUCAUUGGCGCGAGCUUCUUAUCUUUCCUUCUUGGUGCCAAGUACAUUGGAAAGAAGAAUAAGAAAUUAUUUUGGGUUCCUGCUAUUGCCCCAAUGAUAUCUGUCAUUAUAUCAACCUUUUUUGUGUUCAUAACCAGGGCAGACAAGCAAGGUGUUCAGAUUGUGAAACACAUAGAGAAAGGACUUAACCCUUCAUCUGUGGACCAAAUAUAUUUCAGUGGCGAUUAUCUUCUAAAAGGAUUCAGGAUUGGUGUGGUGGCGGGAAUGAUAGCAUUGACGGAGGCUGUCGCAAUUGGAAGAACAUUUGCUGCGAUGAAGGACUAUCAACUAGAUGGAAACAAAGAAAUGGUAGCACUAGGUGCAAUGAAUGUUGUUGGUUCAAUGACUUCCUGCUAUGUGGCAACAGGUUCUUUCUCGCGGUCUGCAGUAAACUACAUGGCUGGUUGCCAAACUGCAGUCUCCAACAUUGUUAUGUCUUUUGUUGUAUUCCUAACCUUGCAAUUCAUAACUCCUCUCUUCAAGUACACACCAAAUGCUAUUCUUGCCGCUAUCAUUAUAUCUGCUGUGAUUGGCCUUAUUGACUUCCAGGCGGCAGUUUUGAUUUGGAAGAUUGAUAAAUUUGAUUUUAUUGCUUGCAUGGGAGCCUUCUUUGGUGUAGUCUUUGCCUCCGUCGAGAUAGGGCUCUUAAUUGCGGUUUGUAUAUCGUUUGCUAAAAUCCUCUUACAAGUUACCAGACCAAGGACUGCAAUUCUUGGGAAGAUCCCUAGGACUACUGUGUAUAGAAACAUCCAGCAAUAUCCAGAAGCAACUAAAGUCUCUGGUCUUCUGAUUGUGAGGGUUGAUUCUGCAAUUUACUUUUCCAAUUCCAGUUACAUUAAAGACAGGAUCUUGAGAUGGGUAACAGAUGAGGAUGAACAACUAAAAGCAAACUAUCAGACAACAAUCCAGUUUUUGAUUGUGGAAAUGUCGCCUGUUACUGAUAUCGACACUAGCGGCAUCCAUGCCUUGGAAGAUUUGUACAAAAGCCUUCAAAAGAGAGGCAUUCAGCUUGUUCUGGCAAAUCCUGGUCCAGUAGUGAUUGACAAGCUUCAUGCUUCCAACUUCCAAAAUUUGAUCGGCGAAGACCGUAUCUUCCUCACAGUUGCAGAUGCUGUCUCCUCUUGCUCUCCUAAACUAGCAGAAGAUGUUUGAGAAAAAUUAAUCAGAAUGGAAGUGGGUGUAUGAAAGAUAAGAUAUCAUGAAAUGUUGCAUAGAAUGCCAAUGACAGAGGAAUUGAGUGGAGGUGGUGGGGUUAAUAAUGUGCACAAAGAAGUGGUCUCAAGCAAGUGAUAAGUUUCCGGGCUUGAAGUUAUACAGACAUACACAUCCACCCAACCUACCUGUAACUUGGCUUUUCUCUAUGUUGUUUGCUCCAUUAAUUAUAAAAUAAUGAAGAUAUAAUCCUGCUGUUGCUGUGAAUUCUCUAUUGAGAUGCUGAAGA